AUGCCAUACACCUCCCCGCCAAUCGUCUUCCCACUUUACCUCUUCCCCUCCAUUCCCUUCCGCCGCCGCCGCUCCUCAGCGUCCACGACGCUCAGCGCAUCGCCCUCUUCCAGCUCAUCGACCUCUCCGCCCUCGUCUCCAAGCAGUCUCUCCUCGAGCACAUCCUACCUACGCUGUUCACGCUGCCUGUCUGAUCUCGUACAGACCUCCGCAAUAAUAUCCAAAGGCUUCAACGGACGUCACGGCCGCGCGUACCUCGUCACGUCUGGUCUGCCUAAUACACACACGCACAAGCCUGUCCCACGCAAUCUCGUUACGGGACACCAUAUGGUGGCUGAUAUUUCAUGCGCCAUAUGUGGGCAGGUCCUCGGGUGGAAGUACGUUGAGGCGGCGGAUGAAAGCCAGCGCUACAAGAUUGGGAAGUAUAUAUUGGAGACGAAGAGGAUUGUGAAGGGGGUGUGCUGGGGAGAGGAUGCCGCAGAGAAGGAAGAUCGCAGUCGAGCGACAGGAGAGUGUGGAGACGUCGAAUUCGAUAGUGCCGACGAAGAUGAGUGCGAUGCACUGUUUGCGGGAACUUGGAGCUCUGAGGAGGCAGGGCGGAGGAGAGCGCGCAAGGGAAUGCGACGGGAUGUGUUCGAAGAUGAUUUAUUCUGA